AUGGAGCAUAAGACCAGAGAGGAUACCAUUACUGAGGACUCUGUCUCAGCGGUAUGCCAGACAUUGUAUGCUCAGCCCCAUUUCCAAAGCAUAUGUAUAGCAGAGAUUAUCCCUGAGGAUAUACAGGAAACAUACUUGGAGGAUUUGGAGCUUGAGCAACUCAGUCUUGGAAAUGUCAGGAAAAUGCAGAGGAUGGACAGACUUCUUGGACCAUGCAUCCAUAAUGUUCAGAAUGGUUUUAGGCCCAGGAGAGAGGAGCUGCCAGAGUCAGCCUGGAAUCCAUCACUUUACCGACAAUUCGAUUCCCUGGCUGUUAGUCGAGGAACCCUCUACCGGGAAGUUUCCAUGGAGGGAGAGACAAAGCGGCAACUGGUUAUCCCUGAAGCAUUGAUUCCAACUGUCCUAAGGAGUCUCCAUAAUCAGAUGGGACAUUUGGCAGUAGCCAAAACCUUAUCACUGUGUAGAGACCGUUUUUAUUGGCCAUCUAUGUCCAAAGAUGUUGAUAACUGGAUUGCUAGAUGCAACAGGUGCGUGCGGAGAAAAACACCAACCAAGGAGAGAGCGCCCCUUGUUUCUAUUCGGACCACUCAACCUUUAGAACUUGUUUGUUUGGAUUAUUUAAAUCUCGAACCAUCCAAGGGGAACUAUCAAAACAUAUCCUGGUUAUAA